AUGGAAGCGACCAGUCACCCCGGCGGAUACCUCAGUGUCCCCAUCACGGAAUCCGAACGGGCCCAGGCAGCCCGAGCCCGCGAUGACAGCUCCGAGCGACUCCUCUCAGAGCCCCGACAACCAUCGCCAGAUUCUCGAGAUCCGUCGCCAGAAUUUCGACCACCGCCAGUUGCCCAACUGCAGGUGCCGUUUCCCAGCAGAUUUCCCUCGAUACAUGCAGGGCCGGUAGCACGGCAACUCGCUCCAGCUUUCCAACACAGAGUCGAAAAUGCCCAAUAUCGUCCAAUCUCGACAGUACUGGAGGAGGAUGAGCCAGAGUCUAUCAAACUUCGACCAUACACAGCAGUCGCCGACGAGGACGACAGCCGUUUGCUUCCACUGGUUGUGCCAGGGCCGACUCCGCCACUUUGGACUCCCAUCUGGCUGAAGAAAUGGUUCCUGGGCCUCUUCGCCCUGGUGUUUGCGGGGUUUUUAGUCGCCCUCGUUCUCCUGUGGUACUACGAUGAUCAGAACGACGGCUUCCACAUCGAUCAAGGGACGAGUCACUAUGCAUGGGCCUACACCCCGACCAUCAUUGUCGUAUUCGUCGUGGCCGCGUGGAGGAUGGUCGACCACCAUUCGAAAUUGGCCAUGCCGUAUGACGCCCUGCAGAACGGACCGACCAAGGCCUCAGAAAGUCUCCUGGUUGACUAUAUCUCGAAAUUCCAGCUCAUGGCGUUGUUUGAAGCGUUCAAGAACAGCCAUUUUGCCGUCAUCACCUCAAUUACCGGAUUUGUGUUACUAAAAGUUGUCACCGUUUUUUCGACCGGCCUGCUGCUUGCUCUGCCUACUCAAGUGACCCUGAAAGGGGCUUCGCUCAAGGCAAAUGGAUUCGAUGGAGCUUCGUUCAACCCGGACUCAGCGCUCGGUUCAAGGAGCAGUCUGACUCAACCAGUGUAUGCUUACUAUGGGAGUAUAGUUCAGGGAAUGCCUUGGGAGAAUGGUGUUACGUUAAGGCUAGCAUACAGUGCUAUAUCGAUCAUUUCGGACACACCGAUGGACGGUGACGUUACUGUCUCGGGAGAAGUCGACGCCUUUGUACCGACAAUGUCAUGCAAAGCAGUGGAUGUACAGUUGACCACGCCCCGAAUAGUCAACGACACAAAUUCGGCCAGCGCGUUCGCAGCUUCCAGUAACAUCACUUUCAAUAUCCCCACAGGCGAUCUCUGCGGCAAGCUUUCUUCAGUCACCGUGCCAGCCGAUAAUCCGUACACUGAGAUUCUCCCCGAGCGCCAGGUCUCAGGCACGAUGCAACAAGUUUUCUGUGGGGCGACGAACGUGAGUGUACCAGAUGCAGCAGGGCCGCAAGGUUUGUUGUUCACCAUCACAGACAUAGCCUAUCAGCAAGCGCUCUUCGACAAUGCGACAGAUCUAGCAGGCGGCUCGUUUACCAUCGCGAGUGAUGUUUCGAGGACACUCACUAAUAUCACCAACGUGUUCUGCACGCCUUCCUACAUGAUGACGAAAGCCCGGUUCACCAACAACACCCAGCUGCUAGACAGUAGUCAGGCCGCAUUGAUCGAUUUGAAGGACGAUGGGGGCAACAGCACUUUGGAAGGGUUUUCAGACUGGAACGCGACCAACGUCAUUUCACAAGCGUCCAUUGCGGCGCAAGUGCUGUUUGGCGAUGCGAUUAAUGACGAUACGAUCACGGACUCAAGCGCUAUAUUUAUGCUGAUGGCUCUGACCCGCGGAUCCCGGAACCUGGAUACGCUGAUCAAUCCUAACGUGAUGAUGGAUGCUGCCACGGACACGUAUCAGGGAAUCCUGUCACAGUACGCCCAUUUGAACUUGAGAGCAACUGACAACAGUGAUGUCGUAGGAGGCAAGGUGACUCGGCAAGAACGAAGGUUACGUGUCAACGACGUUUCGGUGUGGACUAUGGCAUCAGCAUGUGGACUGCUCUUUUUGUUUUGCAUCACACUUAUCUUCAUCGCACCCAGAGCCGUGGUGCCACGGGAUCCGAGUUCAAUCGGUGCAGUGGCGACGACUCUGACUAGAAGUACUGAGCUGAACAGACUGUUGCGGAAACAGGGUGUGCCAAGCUACGCAAAUCAGAAGACAGCGUUGGCAGGGUAUGAAUUUGGGACGGCAAUUGCAAGCACGGAUUCUGGGAGGACGAGCUUCAAGAUUGUCGUUUCAGAAGGAGAGCCGGAUGAGCCCACCACCCAGCCAAGCAUGGAAAUCAAAUGGUGGACGCCCUUAACGGCGACGAUUCCAGCGUUGAUCAUUACAUUGAUCCUCCCAGUGGGUACCAUCGUGGCAUUGGAGCUGAUUCAGCGGCGUUCCGAUGAACAUAGCGGCUUCUACACGGUGGCAGACGACAAGUGGACUGAGGUAUACAGCCACUACUUCCCAGGCCUUGUGAUGCUGAUCUUGGCGGCGCUGGUCAACAUGCUGGACUUCAAUAUCGCACUCUUUACACCCUGGAACAACCUUGCCAGCGUCGGUGCCGUCCACAAAAAGUCAAUUCUGAACAACAUUCUGGGGAGGUCUCCUCCGUAUGCUUUUUUACAGGCGGUAAAGACUGGGAGUCUAGGAGCUAUGCUGAGCAUCGCAGCAACUACCGUGGCCAGUAUCCUCACAGUCAUUGCUUCUGGGCUCUAUUACGUGCAGCACUAUUCGGUCGACGGAGCGAGCAUUUCGCUCACGCAGACCGACUCUUUCGCCUUAACGUGGGCGGACAGCUUUUCAAACGACAAUGGAGCGGGCGCAAUGACGAAUCUGAUCAUGCAUCAGAAGUUCAGCUACCCUCAAUUCACGUACGAAGGCCUUGUGUUUCCGAAGCUUGCGUUGAACAAUUCAGCCUUGACGACCGAUACACUCACAACGGUGACUGGAUCUCCGCCGCAUACCCUUCCAGCUGUUCAAGCCAAUCUCAGAUGCGAUAUCCUCCCCACCGACUCUUUCAGCUUGUCUACGGUGGCAGCUGGAUCUGGUUCGGCAUACGCGACUGAUCAGGCCUUUGUCACCGUCCGCGCGAAUCUGCCCGAUUCCUGCCAUCUGGGCGGCACCCAGGGCACAGACGAUUUCAUCCUGUACGAGAACAACUUUGAGCUUCCUUCUGGCGGUGGGGCUACAUACGCUGGUGCACAGCUAGAUCUCUUGUUUGGAGAGAAUGCGACAACCUAUGGGAACUACGGGGAGAGUCGUGGCCAGUACAUUGGUGACAAUCCUCCCGUGGGCUGUCCCAGCUUGGCCUUCACGUUCGGCCACUUCCAGCUCGACGGCACAGACAAGAGUCAAGUCACAACCAUGAUCUGCUACCAAGAGAUCCAGGGCCUGAGCGCAAACGUCACCCUACGGCCAAACAGUACGACCAUCGAUCCCAACCACCCACCAGUCGUACAGGAGAGCAGUGUCUUCCUGCACGAAAACCCGCUUGCCAACAACAGCGGCAUCAACACUUUCGACUUCCGCAUUCAGAACAAUCUCGCCCAGGAAAUGACCGUCUUCAACGGCGGCAGCGGCACGCCCGCCACAGACCCGUCCAGCACCACCACAUACGACGUCUUAUUCCAAGCCAUCAUCAACGGCACCUCACCACACGAGCCGGCGUCCCUCGCCGGUCCGGAUAAUCAAGACGUCCUCGUCGACGCUAUCACCCGGUUCUACCAGAUAUACAUGGCGCAAGCCAUCUCCGCGAACAUGCGCGGCCCGGUGAACAGCCUGUCCGACUCAUCGCGUCUCCUGCGGCGCCAAUCUUCUUCGUCCCUAACCACAACCUCGCCCACCACACUCGACACCCCGCGCCUCGUGCAGGACAUGGACUCGAAGCUCAUCCUGCAAGUCCUGCUAAGCAUCAUGGCCGCCCUUUCCGCCUCGGCCUACCUGUUCACCAAGUUCCACCGAGUCCUCCCCUGCAACCCGUGCUCCAUCGCGGGCACCAUGUCCCUCCUCGCAGGCAGCGACCUCGUGCACAGCACCGACGACGGCCUGUGCGAAUGCUGCGGCAAGCCGCGCCGCAGGUCGUUCGGCCCCGCCGGCGACGACCCCACCAACCGGCCGGAGAGUAUCCACGCACGACCCGAAGAAACGGGCGGCAUGGGCUCGCACCACGGCGAAGGUGAAGGUGAAGAAGGCGAGGAAGUCGAAGUCGAUGACCGCACACAAGUCAUCGAGGACGGCGCCGAAUGGGUUUCUGCCUCACAAUUUGAGCGCGUCUUCGCCGGCAAGCGGUACAGUAUGGGCUGGUGGCGCGAGCGACGGGCCCUGGGCAAGAGGCGACGCUACGGCGUGGACAUCGGCCUCCGGGCCGACGGGUCGGACGACCAGGACUGGGAGCUCGGCUCGCGCAGACUCCAGAGCGCCGGGUUCAGCGGGUUCAUGGUCCCGAACAUGAACAUGAACAUGAGCGUGCGGGGCAGAGGCGACAGGGACGGCCGCGGCGGGUACUCGUAUGCGCGCGGUAAUGACAGAGAGCCCAGUCCAGGCGUGUUUGGCCCCGAGGAGGACGCGAGGCCAGGGGCUCGGUUCCGGUACGAUGGGUAUGAUGGGCCAGGAGGGGAUGGAGGUGGAGGUGGAGGUGGUCCAGGUCCAGCGACCAUGGCCGCUCGGAGGAGUCCUCUGGGUGGGGAGGCGUAG